AUGGCAGACUCUCUGCCACUCGGAAAUGCCGCCUGGACAGGUGUCGGGGGCUGCGUGGAAGAAUACGCCGAGCGCAUCAACAAGUUCGUCGACAAAAUAGACAGCAAAGCCCUGGAAUCCUAUGCCUCGUCGCUUCGAGGGAACCAGCCAUGUACAAUUUCUGCCGAGUUUUCAGUGGGAAACUUCAACCUCGUGCGCAAGAUCCAGUUCCGUGACGGCGUUGAGUGCAUCGUGAGGCUACGGAUGCCUCCAAUGCCAGUGGCGGGCCAACUCAACGACAUGGUCUCUCCCCAAGCCCGCGAGAAGCGCCUCUUGGAGAUGGAGUCUGAGCUUGCGACCAUGGAGUUUGUGCGCCGAGGAGGUAUCACAGAGCUAUCCUGGAAACCAAGAACGCAUCCCAGAGCCGUUCCGAGAGAAAUUUUGACGCCAAUCGCCAACAUCAUGACCCAGCUUGCCUCCGUCCGCCUACCGAAAAUCGGCUCCAUCUUUCGAGACGCCGCGGGUUCGUUCGUUGUAGGACCUCUGAUCGAGACAGGCUCGGGGCCGUAUGAUUCUGCUGCCGAGUUCUACGCCGACUAUCCCCUGGCACUGGGCAAAACGUUUCGCUCCCUCGCUGCCUCCUUUCCGCCUCCUGCAGCCCGAGAAGGACGUGGCUGCGCUGAGGAUUUUGGCCUUGCCAACUACGAUCUUAACCCGAAUAAUGUUCUUGUCGAUCGGGAGUUCAACAUCCUCGCCGUCAUUGACUGGGACUCGGUCGUCUCAGUGCCCGAUGCGGCACUUUACCGUUUCUCCAGAUUGAUGGGCGUCGGGUGUGCUAUCCCUGGAGUUGUUGGCGAACACGGCUUGGAAUUGAAACGGGACGGACUCGGCCGGCAAUUUGCCAAAGUGGUCGAAGCCUGGGGAGAGCAAGCGAGAAAGGAUUGCCAAGACGUGAACAGCGGCCCAUUGGCAUUCCGCUCGCUGAUCUCCGUCAAGCAGGGGCAGGACUUUGUCAACGAGGAAUGGAUGCAAGGUCUGGCAUGGCUGAGUGAUCACAGUGAGCAGCAGGUGGCACAUUUUUAUCUUGGCAAGUCCAAGGACAGAACGGCGUGA